GCUGCGUGCGUGCCGCGUCUCGGGUAUAAAUCCCACCUCCAGCCUUGUGCUCCUACUCGCAAGAAUCCUCUGUUCAGUUUCAUUCGUCAAAGCAGACACCUUCGCUAGUAACGCGCGCACGUCUUCAAGCUCGAUCGAUCCAUCCAUGGCGGCCUUCAUCAUCCAGCGUUUCCUGAUCCUCGUCUUCUUCUUCUUCUUCGCCGGCCUGUCUCCGGCGUCGGCGUGCGACAGCUGCGUGCGCCGGUCCAAGGCGGCCUACCGCGCCUCCUCGCCCGCGUUGGACAACGCCGGUUCCUGCGGGUACGGCUCCCUGGCGCCGUCCUUCAACGGCGGCCUCCUCGCCGCCGCGGGCCCCGCGCUCUACAGGGGAGGCGUCGGCUGCGGCGCGUGCUACCAGGUCCGCUGCACGGACGCCGAGCUCUGCGGCGCCGCGGGCGCCACGGUGGUCGUGACGGACCAGGCGCGCGCCACCGGCACGAACCAAACCGACCUCGUGCUCGGCGGCGCGGCGUACGCGGCCAUGGCCAGGGGCAUCGGCGCCGCGCGGCGUCUCAGGGAGCGGGACGCCGUGGACGUGGAGUACAGGCGGGUGCCGUGCGAGUACGCGCGCGGGCGCAACCUGUCGGUGCGCGCCGAGGCCCGCGCAGCGCCGGGCGGCCUGGCGGUCAGGUUCCUGUACCAGGGCGGGCAGACGGACAUUGUGGCCGUGGACGUCGCCACGGCCGGGUCAGGGUCGGGGUGGAGGGCCAUGACGCGGGAGCGCGGCGGGCCGGCGUGGAGCACGGAGCAGGCGCCGGCGGGGCCGCUGCAGCUCCGGAUGGUGGUCACCGGCGGGUACGACGGGAAGUGGGUGUGGGCCGACGGGGAGGUCAUCCCGCGGCGGUGGACAGCAAGCAAGGUCUACGACACGGGCGUGCAGAUCGACGACGUCGCGCUGGAAGGGUGCUCGCACUGCGACGCCCAGGAGUGGAAAUGACGAACACAAAUCAAUCCCACUCUACACUGUACAGCUUUUGAUCCUACUAAUUCUCUCACCCUUUUAUCUUUCAUUUCGGAUGAACGGAACGAUGAAAAAUGAAAUGAGUUGAUUGAAGAAGAUUCAAA